AUGUCAGCUUCAACCCCUCCCGAUCGACAAUGGUGGAAAGAAGCAGUUGUCUAUCAAAUUUACCCAGCUAGCUUUCUUGACUCCAACGGUGACGGGCUGGGUGACUUGCCUGGCAUCAUCUCAAAGCUUGACUACAUUCGUUCAGUAGGCGCUACAGCUAUUUGGCUGUCGCCUAUCUUCAAGAGUCCUCAGCAUGAUAUGGGCUAUGAUGUCUCAGACUAUCGCGACAUUCAUCGUCCGUACGGUACGAUUGAAGAUGUUGAGACGCUGAUCGAAGGGUGUCAUGAGCGGGGUAUCAAGGUCUUGCUCGAUCUUGUGGUGAAUCAUACCAGCCAUGAGCAUGAAUGGUUCAAAGAGUCACGAUCAUCGAAGACAUCGCCAAAACGAGACUGGUAUUUCUGGCGCGAUCCAAAAUUCGACGCCGACGGUAAUCGCAAACCGCCCAACAACUGGGCUUCCAUCUUUGGUGGUAGCGCCUGGACAUACGACAAGACGACAGAACAAUACUAUCUCUCACUCUUCCUCCCCGAGCAGCCUGAUCUUAAUUGGGCCAACGACGACAUGCGCGAGGCUACAUACGACGAUAUGAAGUUCUGGCUUGACAAAGGCGCAGACGGCUUCCGCAUUGACUCAAUGAAUCUCAUGUCGAAGCACCCUGACCUUCCUGACGCACCUGUCACUCGACCGGAUGCCGAGUUUCAACCGGGCGAUAAAUACUUUGCUAGCGGUCCACGUAUGCACGAGUAUAUAAAGGAGAUGCGAGAGAAAGUUAUCGACAAGUAUGACUGCAUGACAGUCGGAGAACUAGGCUUCACAAAGGAUGAGGAGAGCGUUGCUAGUUAUGUUGCCAAGGACAGACAUGAGCUGAACAUGUUAUUCACGGGAGAUAUUGUUGAUAUGGACUUUGGUCCUAAUCAUAAAUACGAACGUGAUGACUUUCGACUUUCGAAGCUCAAAGCUAUUACUAGUCGGUGGCAAGGUGCUAUGCCAAAGUUUGACGGCUGGAACUCCGUUUACAUGGAUAACCACGACUCUGGACGUUCUCUUUCGCGAUAUGGAUCCGAUAAGCCUCAGUUCCGGAAAGAGGCAGCUAAGAUGCUGGCGAUUUACCUUGGUACACUCAGUGGAACGUUGUUUCUUCUCCAAGGUCAAGAGAUUGGCAUGGCUAAUGUGCCUGAAUCUUGGAAGAUUGAGGAUUACAUCGAUGUCGAGGGGUUGAACUAUUACAACAGUGUGCUCAAGAAGAGAGGACCAGGGGUUGAUAUGUCAGAUAUCAUGAGAGAAAUGAGACUCAAGGCUCGCGAUAACGGUAGAUUGCCUAUGCAAUGGACCGCCCACCGAAAUGGAGGCUUCACUUCCAGCGAUAAACCUUGGAUGCGCGUUAACGACGAUUACAACGAGUGGAACGUUGCCAAGCAAGAAAAAGACGACGAUAGCGUCUUAGCCUUCUGGAGGCAGGUUCUGGAGUUGAGACAGAAGGAGAAGGAUGUUUUUGUGUAUGGAAGGUUUGACAUCUUGGAUGAGUAUAAGGAUAGUGAGGAGGUCUUUGCGUAUACUAUGACGAGUUACGACGGAAGAAAAGCACUUGUUUUGCUGAACUUUUCGGAGGAGGAUCAGAAGGUUGAGGUGAAGGGUUCUUGGGGAGGGAAGUUGCUGGGGAAGAAUGUGGAUACAUUUGAGAAUGGGAUUGUGUUGAAGGGAUAUGAGGGAGUGGUGUAUGCUGGAUGGUGA